AUCCUAGAAGACCAAAUAAGAAUUCGAGACCAGGCAGCCACAGGAACCAACUUUGCAGUCCAGGAUCUAAGCAUCAAACAAGUGCAGGGAGUUGGAGACCUUCGAGGAAGAGUAGCUCGAUGUGAUUCAAGCAUUGUGAAGCUUUCUGGAGAUAUCCAGUUCAUCAGGCAUGAGUACCGACAACUUGAGAAAUCAGUUCAAGAACUCUUUUCUGCCCUAGAAACUGUUUCCAAGAACAUGGAUAUGAAGGUAACACAGCUCUUAGGAAAGAUAGAGGCAUCUACUUCUGAGCACACCUCAAACUUAAAGAUGGUCCAGGGAGAUAAUCAGCAUGAAAUGAACCUCUUGGAAUACAAAUUUAAUUUACUUUCUACAAAUGUGUAUGAAGAAGUUGAAAACAAUCAGAAAUGGGCAGAAAACCAGUUUAUCAAUUACCGUAAAGACCACCUGUGCCACAUGAAUGAAUGUCUGAAGGAUUUGCAGGAAAAGCUGGAAAAGUAUGAGAUGAAAAUGGCAGAAAAAAUGUUGCAGCUUUCAAGAACCUUGGAGAAUUAUAUUAACUGCCAGAAGCAGGAAGCAGAAGCAAACAAAAUAAAACUCUUAGAAAAAAAACUGUCCAAUAAGAUGAGCCAAAUGGAAAAGCGGUUCUGGAGUGAAUUAGAGAAAAUGCAAAGUGACUAUCAAUCAGGAUUUAAGUCAAUUCAUGACUCCCUCAGCUCUCUCCAACAAAUACAGAAAACAAAAAUGGAUUUAGAGAAAUAUAAAGUACAGAAAGAUCUAAAGAAAUUACAGCGGAAAAUAGUGGAACUCCAGGAAGUAUAACUUUGAAGUUACUUUCUUUCCCACUAGCUAGUGGGAUAAGCUGUGAAGAAGAAAAUUAACAUCUUUAGGAUGCUGACUACUUCUAGUGUUUCCUAUCAUCUCUAAAGGAAAUUGGUUUACCAGGAAAAAAAUACAUUAAAGCAAAAGGCUUUGUGAUUCCUUUAUUUAUUAACGAAAAAUUAAGAAAUUUCUUUACAUGCACAUUUUGUUAAAUUUUUACUUGCCCACAAAUAAGGGAAGAACAAUCUACAUUGUGAA